GGAAAGGCUGUUAACACAGAGCAGAGAGGAGAGGACAGGAGAGGCUCGAAACAUGACAAUACUGAGAAUAUGUAUAAUAUGUGGAGAAAACUGUUUUUACAACAUUCGUGACACUUGUUUAUAUGUAUAUUCCAUUUUAUUCUAAUUUUAUUAAAAUAAUCUAUAAGAGAAAUUAUUUUUCUUUUUUAUCACAAACACAUGUUUGAGUUGUUGCCACUUCUAGUCAUGAUUGUGCUGAUUCCAUAUGUAACAUAGUUAAUCAGGUAUUAGGAUUCCACUUGCCAUCUUUCAAAAAGCCCACAGGUAUUGAACGCAGCACCCCUGGGGGUUAGUGUCGUGCACCCCGGGUGCAGCUGCAUUCAGACCUUGUGGGAUAAACGGUAAGGUUACGGGCUAGGAGCUUAGAGAGUCUUUUUUCUUUAAUAUAUUCAUUUUAUUUUAUUUUAUUUUAGUAGAAACUUAAUGUGUCUUUUAAUUUUAUAUCUUUCAGUGGGAUGCACUUGUGUUAUUUUGUCAGGUAUGAUUUUUGUAUUUCAUGUUUGUUGUAUUUCAUGUUUUUGUAUUUCAAGGCAUUCAGACCUUGUGGGAUAAACGUGGGAUGCACUUGUGUUAUUUUGUCAGAAUAAAGGGCUGGAUGCCGACUCGAUGUCCUGGUCGAAUUAAUCACACAACGCAAAGAGAAAGUACUAAGCCGCUACACAUAGAGCUGCAGGACUUAUAGAUUUAUAUAGAUUUUACAGUGGGUAAACAGCUUGCUGGUGUUCAGAGGCUGAUGUUUUUAAUGUUUAUUCGCCGUCAUCUGAUUAAACCAUUAAGGAACUUCUCAGUAUGGUUGUAAAUUGUUUGUCACAUGACACCACUUCCUGUUUGCCGGGGCAAAGGUGCAGUAGUUGCACUUGCUGAUUGGUGGAUGACCUCAUCACCGGGCCGGCUCAGGUGACUGACAGGUCAUCCGACCAAUCAGACGCCCCCUCAGGUGCUCUGACGGGCAAAGGACUCAAACUCCUCCCAUUUCUACACCGUGUGUGAAAGUUCAAAAUCAGUGCGCUCACCUGAGGAGCUCCUCUUUAGCUCCCCUGUCACACACACAGACACAGACACAGACACACACACAAGACAGAGGUUUUAUACAUUCACACACUCUCACUGGGCUGCUGAAUCCAUGUCACAAAGACUCACUCAGAACCCUCUGGAGAAAACGUGGGGGCCAUGGAUGAAAAGCAGGCUAAGCCAGCGCAGAGGCUCGUCGGUGCCCCAGUUCACCAACUCCCCCACCAUGAUCGUGAUGGUGGGACUGCCGGCCAGAGGGAAGACCUACAUCUCUAAGAAGCUCACCAGAUACCUGAACUGGAUCGGAGUCACGACUAAAGUGUUUAAUGUCGGCCAGUAUAGAAGAGACGCCACACGUUCCUACAACAGCUUUGAGUUCUUCAGAGCCGACAACUCAGAAGCCAUGAAGAUACGCAAAGCCUGUGCCAUCGCCGCCCUGAAGGAUGUGUGUAACUACUUCACCUUAGAGCUGGGCCAGGUCGUGGUCUUUGAUGCCACUAACACGACCACAGAGCGCAGAGAUGUCAUCCUCAGCUUCGCCAAGGAGAACGGAUACAAGGUUUUCUUCGUGGAGUCGAUAUGUGACGACCCAGAAAUCAUCGCUGAGAACAUAAAACAAGUGAAGCUGAGCAGUCCUGACUACAUCGACUGUGACAAAGAGGAGGCUGUGGCCGACUUCCUGAAGAGGAUCGAAUGUUACAAGUUGAACUACGUCCCGCUGGACGACAACAAGGACAGGAACUUGUCUUACAUCAAGAUCUUCAACGUGGGCAGCAGGUACCUGGUGAACCGGGUCCAGGACCACAUCCAGAGCAGGAUCGUCUACUACCUCAUGAACAUCCACGUCACCCCCAGAUCCAUCUACCUGAGCCGCCACGGGGAGAGCGAGCUCAACCUGGUGGGACGCAUCGGGGGCGACUCGGGGCUGUCGCCUCGAGGGGCAAAGUUUGCCAGCGCUCUGGGUACGUACAUGCGUGGUCAGUGCAUCAGCGACCUGAAGGUGUGGACGAGCCACAUGAAGAGGACCAUCCAGACCGCAGAGGCCCUCGGGGUCCCGUAUGAGCAGUGGAAGGCCCUCAAUGAGAUCGACGCUGGGGUUUGUGAGGACAUGACGUACGAGGAGAUUCAGGAGAAUUACCCUGAGGAGUUCGCACUGAGGGACCAAGACAAGUACCGCUACCGCUACCCCAAAGGAGAGUCGUACGAGGACCUGGUGCAGCGUCUGGAGCCGGUCAUCAUGGAGCUGGAGAGGCAGGAGAACGUUCUGGUCAUCUGUCACCAGGCCGUCAUGAGAUGUCUGCUCGCCUACUUCCUGGACAAAACUGCCCAUGAGCUGCCCUACCUGAAGUGUCCUCUCCACACCGUCCUGAAACUAACACCAGUUGCCUACGGAUGUAAAGUGGAGUCUGUCUUCCUCAACAUUGAAGCUGUGAACACACACAGAGACAAACCAGUGAACGUGGAUGUGGACAGAGAGCCGGCGGAGGCCUUGGAGACAGUCCCAGACCACAUCUAGAGGUUUAAUUUCCAUCCACCCUCAUGGAAAGUGGCCUUUUUUAAUUUAAGAAAUCAUAGUGUUCAUUGGAGAAUCGUUGUGAUGAGACAUUUCUCCUGUGGCAGCCUAUUUCCAUUGUAAAAGCACUUUAUGACGCAGGGCUCCGGCCACAUGUCUGCGAUAUGAAGACGAAGCUUCCUUUACUGUGAAACAUGAGUGCUGGCAACACGACCAGUUUCACUCUGUGGAUAUAUUUGAACUCAGUCACCUGCGUGUCACUCACUGAAAUCACAAACUCAACAUGUGUACUCGCCUUCAGCGUACUUUUAAAAAUGGUAGUAUGUUUAUUUUUAGGACGCACAACUAAAUCACUUCGUCACUUCCGGAGAACCUCCUUGUUGUUUGGAGACAUUUAAAAAUGACACAAAAAGGAGAAGAACAGGAAUAUCUUGUUUCAGAGCUGCUGCGGUCGUCGUCUCUCAUUUUAUUUUUUUAAUUAUCUUUUAACCCUCUGAACGCCAUCAUUGAAAUGCAUGUUUUCUUUAAAAGGUCGCCAAAAAUACACCGUUUAUCAUAGGAAGAAACUGUAAGGCAAGCAUUAUAGUCUGAAUUUGAACUUUCUGACAGUCGUUGAACAGAUCAUAGGUUACAAAAGUUAGGUUAGAAAAAGUGACCAAACAAAGCUUAAAACUGUGGUAUUUCGGUCAGAAUAACUUCAUUCUACAUGUGCCAUUUAAAAUGUCAAGAA